AUGGCCGCUAAUUCGCAGAUUUUUAUAGGAAUGACCAUUCCAUCAAUGCUUGCAGCCUCUUCAUCUUCAUCCUCCACCGGUCUCUCUAUGGUAAGGAGACCUCUCACAACGUCGUUCUAUAACGCCGGGGUGGGAGCUCUAAAACUUGAAACGAUUAGGGUUGCUCCUUCCAAUAAGCAAAACCAUUACAAACAUCGUGGAACAGCUCUUGUUGCCCGUAUGAACCUUUUCGACCGGUUUGCUAUGGUUAUCAAGUCAUAUGCAAAUGCAAUCAUGUCUUCGUUUGAAGAUCCUGAGAAAAUGUUAGAGCAAGCAGUUCUCGAAAUGAAAGAUGAUCUGGCCAAGAUGCGACAGGCCUCAGCACAAGCAAUGGCAUCUCGAAAAAUGCUGGAAAACAAGUAUGAAGCUGCGAAACGGGCUUCAGAGGAUUGGUACCGAAAACAAGGAGAGGAAGAUUUAGCACGUGAAGCUCUCAAGAGGCGAAUAUCUCUUGCGGAUAAUGCUAGUUCUCUGAGAUCACAACUUGAUCAACAGAAGGGUGCUUUUGAUAGUCUUGUCUCGAAUACAAAGAUUUUAGAGAGCAAGAUACAUGAGGCAAUGUCGAAAAAGGAUACCCUGAAAGCGCGCGCUAGGUCUGCAAAGGUUGCUAGUGAAGUGGGUGAGAUGGUGGGGAAUGUUGAUACGGGUAGUGCCCUUUCGGCUUUUGGAAUGAUGGAAGAGAAAGUGUUGGCAAUGGAAGCUCUUGGCCAGUUAACUAUGGAUGAUGUGGAAGGAAAGUUUGCGGUGCUAGAGAGCUCUUCUUCUGUUGAAGAUGACCUUGCAAAGUUGAAGAAACAACUGUCUGCAGGUAGGUCCAAGAAAGGUGAGCUUCCUCCUGGGAGAACCGUUGCUGCUUCAAACAAGGCAUACCUGUUAAACGAUUCUGUGAUUGAGAUGGGGCUUAGUGAGUUGAGACUGAAAGCCAAGGUCGACUGCUUGUAA